UGCCAUUGGACGUGCGGUUGGUGCAACAAUAUUGCAAAAAUUAUUUAGAGUCAAAGUCAAUCCAAGAAAUACUGUGAAUAAUAUUAUCAACAACCAAAAUCGGCUGAUAACAAUUCAGGGCACCCAAUUACCUACAUUCACACUGCCAUAUGGAAACCAAAAGCUGCGAAUUUUCCAACUUUAAACUAUUCAACUACCUCACAAUAACUACAAAAUAUUACAAACAACUUAUUCUAUAGAAUAAGAAAAGCUGCCAGUGUCUCGUUAAAGACACCAACAAUCAACAAUAGUUAAAUAACCACCGCGAGAAAGCACCGAAAGCAAUAACAAUACACAUUAAAAUUGUUAUCGAAUAUGAAAAAAUUUAAUGGAAACCUUUUAGAAAUCUCGUAGAACAACCCAGUGGCAUACCGCCUUCAUAGCUAGUCCGAACUUUAUUGUACCAGUAAUAAACAUCCCACCCCCUUUACUUCGACUUGCUUUACAUCGGUGGUCAAGGCAGCCGGCAUUUAAUAUGAAUCCCUCGUCCCUUGCCAAUGACGUCGACACCGCGGCAACUCCAAAAUCGAACAAAUUCCAAUCAUCACAGCGCCAACUAACAGCAAGCGCAACUGCGAACACUCCAGUGGUUACGCCAACCUCGCCUUUGACAAAUGGACGUUCUGAAAAUGGCUACAAGCGUCAUGGCCCAAACGGAGAGGCCAGUUUGAAUGGAACACCUUUGCAAAACGGCCAUGGCACAAAUGGUUAUCAAAAUGGAGCACGUCGUGACUCUACUCAAGCCUGGACGCCUCUAUUGGCUAGUCCCAAUAGCACCGAUAGCACUGCUCUGAUUAACGGCAAUGGAGGUGCCGGUGGUGAUAGCAGCUUAGUUGGUACAGAAACUGUUAUAAUUAGUGAAGUCGACAAUGUGGAUGCACCGGAGGGCAAUGCAAACCCAGCUAAUAACACAACUGUGCUAUAUGCUACAUCUACAAGCAACAACAACGAAUGGAAGGAUGCCGAGCAAUCUAAUAAUCUCAAGAAUGGUCUACUACACUAUCCGGUUAACCAUCAAGGCAACAACAAUGGUUCCCUAAUGAAUGGCAAGAACGGCAUUGGAUUGGGCGUGCCUGAUAAAUACGACGAACAAGAUCCUCUCACUGGCCUUUAUACUCAAAAGCAUAUUCGUCCGCAUGAGCCAGAUGAAUCGGACUCUGAUUCCGAACUUAGUAAUGUCGACGGACAAGGGCCAGGUUGUGGUCUCUUCGGCUGUCGGCCAAAAUGGGCACGUAACUUCGCUUCGACCAAUGUUUUUAUGAUCGUGUUUCUGCUCGCCUACAUUCUGCAGGGAAUGUAUAUGACAUAUUUCGUGUCGGUUAUCACCACUAUUGAGAAACUAUUUCAAAUCAAAUCGAAAACUACCGGCCUUUUGCUAAGCGCCAGUGAGAUGGGCCAAAUUAGCACCGCUAUGCUGUUGACAUACUUCGCUGGACGUGGCCAUCGUCCACGUUGGAUCGCUUGUGGCAUGGUGCUAUUCUCCAUUGCAGCAUUUUCUUGCUCACUGCCGCAUUUCAUAUUUGGCAAGCAAUUAAUGCAAUCUCUCGACCAUUUAAGUAAUGGUGGUAACGGUGGUAAUACGGCGCUGCGAACCUUAAAUGGACAAGUAUUACAAGCCAGUUAUGGACUGCGUGGAAUCAAUGACACAGUGAAUGCAACAAGCGCAAAUAUUUUUGAGGGAGGCAUUAGCGCAUUGAUAAAAAGUUCACAUGAUGUGAAUCUCUGCAGACAUGGACAGAAUGCGACACGCUCCAGCGCUGAAUGUGAUGAAGACCAAAAAUUGGAACAGGCUUCACACUCUAAAAUCACAGUAAUUGUGCUAUGCAUAUUCUUUGCUAGUCUCUUGAGCUCUGGUAUUGGACAGACGGCCGUGGCAACGCUCGGCAUACCAUAUAUAGAUGAUAAUGUGGCAAGCAAGCAGUCACCCAUGUAUAUGGCCAUUACAAUUGGUGUACGUAUUUUGGGUCCUGCAUCCGGUUUUAUAGUGGGCUCAUUUUGCACACGUUGGUACGUCAACUUCUCAAAUCCUGAGUUCGACGCAAGCGAUCCACGCUGGAUUGGUGCUUGGUGGCUAGGGCCAGUUGGCAUUGGUAGUUUAAUGAUGCUAUCAUCCAUCGCGAUGUUCUCAUUUCCAAAACAGCUGCGUGGUAAACGGAAACCCAGUGCGGUCGAAGCCAAAGAGAAUGUCGUUGAAGAAACAGCCGCGACAGCAGAAGUGGAUGAAAAGCCCAAAUUAAGAGAUUUCCCAAAAACAGUACGACGCCAAUUGAGCAACGAUAUUCUGAUGUUCCGUACUGCUUCGUGCGUGUUUCAUCUACUGCCAAUUGCAGGAUUAUACACCUUUCUACCGAAAUACCUCGAAACACAGUUCCGUGUGACCACAUACGAUGCCAACAUGAUCGCCGCCUUCUGUGGCAUACUCGUUAUGGGUAUCGGCAUUGUUAUAUCCGGUUUAGUCAUAUUAAAAUUGAAGCCAUCAGCGCGCUCAGUAGCUGCUUGGAUUGCAUUUACAGCGCUCUUCUACUCAGCCGGCAUGGUAAUCCUAAUGUUCGUAGGAUGUAGCAUGAGCGACUUUGCCGGUUAUAAGACUGGCACGAGCAAUAACUCUGCCAUGAUCGAGGAAGCAUGUGACCUCAACUGUUCCUGUGAUAAGGAGAAUUUUGCGCCCAUUUGUGGUGUUGACGGACGUAUAUAUAUUUCCACCUGCCAUGCUGGAUGCGAAUCAUCUUCGAUGCGAGAAAGCGAUAGCCGCGUCGUAUUUAGUAACUGUACUUGCAUUCCAGAUUCUUUAGGGAACCCUGAACCGUACCAAGCGGUUAAUGGAUACUGUGAUAGUAAUUGCAAGAAUUUCGUAUUCUUCAUUUUAAUAUUUGUCGUUUGUGUGUUUAUGCAUUCGACGUCGGAGGUGGGCAGCAUGUUGUUGGUGAUGCGUUGCACCCAUCCAAAAGGUAUGUGGAAAUAAAUAUACAUAUGUACAUAGUAAAUACAUAAACAUACAAUACAUAAACAGUU